AUGGCGGUGGGCAGCUGCCACUGGGACCCCCUGGCCCUGGGGCUGCCACCGGAGCCAAGCCUGUCCCCGCAGGAGGGUCGUGGGGGCGGCCAUGGGCCUUGGGCGCAGGUAGGCUGGUCAGGGAGGACCUGGCUUUGUCGGGCAGGGAGGGCUGGACAAGAACAACUUAGAAUUUUUAUUCUCAUCCUGUUCUUGCUUUCGUACUCCCCCUCGUGGACUAAGCCAUCAAAAAUAAUAUCAAGGAAAAAUAUUCCUAAACUUUGCUCUGUUUCUUUACAGAUCCAGUUUAAAAUUCUGAGAGGACAUAGUGAUACUGUGAGCUCCUGUCAUUUUUGCUUUGAAGACACAAAAAUACUUUCAUGCUCUUAUGAUAGAACAGUGAAGCUCUGGGAUGUUGAGAAAGGUUUUCCUAUUGAAGUUUUUGAAGAACACACCGCCCCAAUUUCUGAGUGCAACUUGACUCCUGAUGACAGAAGAGUGGUAACAUCAUCAUACGAUAACACUGUCAAGGCUUGGGAUAUGGAAACAGGAAAAAUGCUUUGGACAGUAGAACAUGAAGGCAUUGUAACUUCGUGUAAUAUUUCUUGUGAUGGUAGAUAUGUGGUAUCUGGUUCAGACAAAGAAAAUACUAUAUGUGUUUUUGAUGCAGUAAGUGCAACAGUAGUGGCACAUAUCCAAGGUCAUCACAAAAGUACAAUCACAAGAUGUUGUUUUGACCCUGAUAACCAAAGAGUGACUUCAGUAUCAUAUGAUAAGACUGUAAAGCUAUGGGAUUUGCUAACGCGAUCCACCUCAAUUACAAUUAAUGAGGGACACAGCAAUGCUAUCUCAGAUUGCUGCUUUACCUCUGACGGUCAUUACUUGUGCACAGCAUCCUGGGACAGAAGCUUAAAAAUAUGGGACAUAAAGACAGGAGAAUUUCAGUGUCAUGAGCCCGUCUCCCUGAACCAAGGGCAUGAAGGUUCUGUUAGUUCCUGCUGUUUUAGCCAAGAUGCAUCGCUUGUUGUGUCUGGCGGAUAUGACAAAACUAUAGCUAUAUGGGAUACAGAGGCAGGCUAUAAAAAGCUAAGCUUAAAGGGUCAUUGGGACUGGGUGACAGAUGUCGCAAUUAGCAAAACCAAGAAAUGGAUUCUUUCAGCUUCAAAGGAUUCUACCCUGGGAUUGUGGAAUAUUGAAAAAAUAGAUCAUAUCCCUUCAGUGGUAGAAAGGAAAAAACCAAGAGGCUCCAAAAUUGCUCAGUGUGAAGAAUGUGAAAAACCUUUCUUAUGCCUGCAGUGUAGUGACUCUGAAGUGAUAUCCCAGUGUGUAUUCUGCCACCUGUCUUCUCCAGUGAGAAAAACUUUACCGAUGCCACCUCCUGUUUCUCCUGAUCUUUAAAUUAAACUAGCAGUCUUGGAAUGUUAACAAUUUAAGUAUAAAUGCAGUGUCUGUCCAUCUUCAUGUAAUACACAUAUAAAGCUAAGACUUUCCUCGUACCUUGCUCUACCAUAGUAUAUUGUGUGAAGAAUAAUAAAAUACAUUCUACUAAUCCAUUAAACAGCUGUGACUUAUCAGGUAAAGAAUUAAAUCCCCAGGAGUAGAAAUCUUGCUUACGCUGCAUGGUACUAGAGGAUAAAAUUACUUACUUGUCCUUUGGAAAAUUUUAAAAUAAUACACUAGUUCCAAGUUAAAGUUACUAAAGAAAAUAUGUGGAUAUAUAACCUAUUGACAGGUUUCCUUCCAUUCUUUAGAUAAACCAUUAUUCUUUAGUGUGGCAAGCAAAGAAUCUUUGCUAACAGUGGACAUCAGAAAGAGCUUUUGGAACAAGACCAUAAACUCUUUUCUAACUUCUUGAUGUACCCAUUACAACAGUUUUGUAAAGGAGCUUUCAGGCUUUGAGAGUAAGUUGUGGUUCAUAUCUGAUAUGAUGCAGCAUAAAUUAGUUCUGUGUAAUAAAGGCUCCCCCCCAGCAAUGAGCAUGGUGGUUUUUCUACCCUUUUUUAGGAGCAACCCUGAGAGGAUUGUAUCUAUUCAGUACAUGUGAG